GUGUUGUGUAAGUGUGUCACGCUCACACUCAGACACGUUAGUUUCAUUUUGAUAUUCUUCAUGUAUAAACAUGUGUAUCUCUGCAUCACAACUUUAAUCAUAAAUGUUUCCGCCAUUACCAUUACUACUACUUCUUUACGAAUGCAUGGGUAGUCUCUCAGCUCAGCUGUAUUAGCGGCUAUACACUAAUACUACUCUCGCCCUCAUCCUUCUCGUGAUUACCAUUUCAACCUUUUACUUUCCCCCCUUCUCUCUCUCUCUCUCUCUCUGUUCAAACUUCAAACCCUAGCCUUGGGGCUAUUCACUCUUGCACGCCUAUCCUUAAUGCUCACACCUCUUCGUUCCAGUUUCAGGUUGGGAUGGUUCGUUAAGUGGGAGGAGUUGAUCAAAUGGUUCUGCUGAGAAGUGUGACGGAAGAGUGAAGUGGCAGUUGUUUGGAUCAUCUGAUCAGGUACAUCUAUCCAAUAUGGAAGCUUCUUCCAGUACAUGUGAGAUAGUGGAGUCAAGGGAAGAUAUCAUUUCUGAGUUCAAAGUGGCUGAAAAACCUGAGUGUAGUUAUGCCAACAAAUCAGGGAAAAAGUAUUCUAUCGAGGAUGAUAUUAAUCGUCUUUUCCAGGGUAUUGACAUUAAAAGUUCAUCUAGAGGUCUUGGUGCAUCACGCUCACACAAGAGUGCUCUUAAGAGGCCAAUAAAAGUUAGUUCAGCUCAGGCCUCAGGAAUCGGCAUCUCCGAACCUGUUAGUUUGAAGCAGGCAUUUAGAGGUUUGUGCAUUUCUCAGGCGUCGGAAAUGGCUGCUUUGAAGAGACUCUCAAAGCCAUGCAGUUCGUCACGAGUAUCAGAGGCUGGCAACAUCAAAAAGUUAUACACAGCAGUUGUAGAUGAGGGCAAACAGAACUUGCUGGAAAUCUCCCUGGUGCCAGAGGCAUCUGCCCAUUCUGAUAAAUUGCCCAGGGUCUCAAUAUCCAUAUCAAAUUCAAGUGCUAAUCAUUCUGUUCCCUUGGCUGAUGCCACAAACCUGAAAGAAACUACAACCAGGCUUGCUUCUCGAGAUCAGAUUGUUCCUCUUCCAUCAGAAGUUGAAGCUGAAAAACUGACACUUGCAAAUUUUUCACCGACUGCUUGUGCAAAUGAGAUUGUGCCGGAGGGCAGAAUGGAUCCUGCUGCUGCUCACAGUUUUUCAAUGGCAGAUAAGGGACACAAAGCAAAUAUACUUUGUGUGUCUUCUCCUUCCUGCUCUAGUACUGGUGAUGGAGUGGAUAAACCCACAAGCAGCCAUACAUGUUUAGCAAAGUCAAUAGUCAGUAGCAAGAACUUCUUUAAGAAAAAAGUAAAGCAAGAUGUUUGUUCUGCCUCAAGCAGCUCCACUCCAUGCCUGAGAAAAGUUGACAACAAUUUGGGAUCUAUUGCAAAUACUUUGGACAAAGAAACAGACAAUUCUGAUUUGAAGCAUGAAACGAAAGGAAACCAAAAGCUGUCUCCCAGUAGUUCAAACGGUAGCAUUGAAAUUAACUCAAUCAACUCUGGUAAGGACUCAUGCAAACCUGGUUUCACGUUAAAUUGCAACAAGAGAACCAAAUUUCAAGUGACAAAAGUUGAAGAGAAAUCAAGAUCAAAGGAAAAGGGUGAGUUCUCCCAAAGCUCAAAAAGUAGCAUUGGUGAGUAUAGUAGUAGCACAAGCAUCAGCGAGGAGAGCAAUCUAAGUGGUUCCAGUCGCAUUGGCUACAGGCCUCAUAUGUCAAAACAUCUGAGAUGGGAAGCUAUUCGAGCUGUUCAGCAGCAUGGUAAUUUAAGUUUGAGGCACUUUAAGCUGCUAAGGAAGCUUGGUAGCGGGGAUAUUGGAACUGUUUAUCUUGCAGAACUAAUUGGGACAAACUGCCUUUUUGCCUUAAAGGUGAUGGACAAUGAAUUCUUGGCAAGCCGGAAGAAAAUGUUCAGGGCUCAAACUGAACGAGAGAUCCUACAGAUGCUGGAUCAUCCAUUUUUUCCUACGCUAUAUUCCCAUAUCUCCACAGAUAAGCUUUCUUGCUUGGUCAUGGAGUAUUGUCCAGGUGGUGAUCUGCAUGUAUUACGGCAGAGGCAGCCAUAUCGGAGUUUCUUGGAACAAGCAGCUAGGUUUUAUGUUGCUGAGGUUCUUCUUGCCUUGGAGUACUUGCACAUGCUGGGAGUUGUAUAUCGAGAUCUAAAGCCAGAAAAUAUCCUAGUGCGAGAAGAUGGCCACAUUAUGCUGACAGAUUUUGACUUGUCACUGAGAUGUUCCGUGAAUCCAAUGCUAGUAAAAUCAUCUUCUCCGGAGGAGGUGGAUGGAACAAGAAAAAUGUCGAGUCCAUGCUCAGAUGCCAGCUGCAUUCAGCCUUUCUGUCUCCAACCUGAUUGGCAAGUCUCCUGCUUUACUCCCAUUUUAAUAUCCGGCGGAGCGAAAUCUCGAAAGACAAAGGCUGAUGCUCAGGUUGGUCCACUGCCACAGCUCGUGGUGGAGCCUAUUAGCGCUCGAUCUAACUCCUUUGUUGGAACCUAUGAAUAUCUUGCUCCGGAGAUCAUCAAAGGUGAGGGUCACGGGAGUGCCGUGGAUUGGUGGACUUUCGGUAUAUUUUUGUUUGAGCUUUUGUAUGGUAGGACUCCCUUCAAGGGCCAAUCAAAUGAGGAUACGUUAUCCAACGUUGUGUCGCAAAGCCUUAAGUUCCCAGGUGCUCCUAUUGUCAGUUUCCAUGCUAGAGAUUUGAUCAGAGGAUUGUUGAUAAAGGAUCCUGAAACUCGGUUAGGUUCUGUCAAAGGAGCUGCUGAAAUAAAGCAGCAUCCCUUCUUUGAAGGACUGAACUGGGCUCUAAUACGAUGUGCAGCGCCACCAGAGCUCCCCAAAUUUCGUGAUUUCGGAAGUCGUGCUCCAUCUAUGGCUGCUCAGAAGGAGAAUGCAAACGAUUUAGAGGACACAGAAGAUUGUGAGGAGUUUGAGUUGUUUUAGUUUGACUCGUCUUUGCUACUCCCCCCUCCUGGCCCUUUUCUUUCAUCUUUCCUCCUUAUUUCUUAUUCCAUGUAACACUUAAUCUAUAUAUAGCAGCUUAUAGUGUUAAUGUAAUUCAAACAGAUAGAUUAGUAUAUAAAGGAAACAUGGGAAUUUCUUUAGUUUUACCUCUCAUAUUAUCAAUGAUAUCUCUCUCUUGUUUUGUAUCCGGCCCUGGAUUCUGUACAAUUUAUGUUAUUACAUUCCUAAGUCAUAUCCACUAAUCCAUUUUUUCUGUGAGCUAGCAUUUAAACAGGGGCGGAGCAUGUUUUUGUGCCACUUCGAUUCAUUUCUCUGCAUCAGGAAGGAAAAGGUUUAGCAUAAGAAUUUGUUCCGCUUUGGACGUAUUAUAUUAUGUUGAAUGUCUUUCUCUGGUCUAAUGUGAAAUAUUAAUGAUGCAGGAUACUUGAUGUGGACAUCCUUAAUAUAACCUGGAUUGGAUGCGAACCAAAGACCAGGACAUGAUCAGAGUCAACUGGAGAACAUAACAGCAGAGUGAUAGAUGAUUUUUUUUUUUAAUUUUAAAAAGAAAAAAGGAUCUUCAAUCUUCAAUGUUAUAUGUUUUAAAUAGCUCGAGUCCAUUUUAAAUGCAGUGAUAGAGAUGCAGAGUUUUAAACUUUUAAUGGAUUAAGUUUGAAAACAGUAGGUGUAAGUUUAUAAUUAAUUUAGUAGAACUCGGCCCAUAAGGCAGCACAGAGAGAGCGGAGUGAGUGAGUAGACAACAGAGAGACAAAUGUUAGGAGCAACCUGGUGUGGUGUUUCUACCAUUCAUUCCCCCAUUAUGUUCA